AUGGCUUCUCCUAUCGGUCCCUGGAGGACAGACGCUCAGGGCCACCUUAAACCUGAUGAGAAUGGCGACCCAAAGACCGACUACACUCGCUGGCGGUUGGUCAAUGAAGAAGGUCGCCAGACUUGGCGAUAUCUUGAAUCCGACACAGAGAACUCCGCCUGGCUACAGACAGUUGCUGAAAAGUAUCAUAUGGGACUCCCAACAGGUCUCCCAAUCUUGCCAGAGGCCAAAACACCUCUCCAAGCAGCAGAGAAUGGCUUGUCUUUCUUCUCAAAACUUCAAUUGGAGCCUGGUAAUUGGGCUUGUGAAUAUGGAGGUCCUAUGUUCCUUCUUCCGGGUAUUUUGAUCACCUAUUAUGUGACCAAUACUCCCAUCCCCCCAGAAUACGCUGCAGAGAUCAAGCGUUAUUUGUUUGCCCGCCAAAACCCCGAAGAUGGUGGCUGGGGUUUGCACAUUGAAGCUCACAGUUCAUGCUUCGGCACUUCCAUGAACUAUGUCGCUUUGCGAUUGGUUGGUGCCCACGAAGAUGACCCACGUAUGAUCAAAGCUCGUGGUCUGCUGCACAAGUUUGGCGGCGCUGUUUACGGACCUCACUGGGCUAAGUUCUGGCUGAGUGUCCUGGGUGUUAUGGACUGGGAGGGUGUGAACCCUGUCCCGCCCGAGAUCUGGCUUCUUCCCGACUGGGUUCCAUUUGCCCCUUGGCGUUGGUGGAUUCAUAUGCGCCAGGUCUUUUUGCCUAUGUCUUACAUCUGGUCCAAGAAGUGGUCUUUCCCUCUCAAUGAUUUGACCAGACAGCUUCGUGAGGAACUCUACACUCAACCAUAUGACUCUAUCAACUUUGCUCAACACCGCAAUUCUAUUCACCCGGCCGACAAUUACUACCCCAAGACCUGGCUUUUGAAUGGCCUCAACGAGCUACUAGUCCGGGUUUGGAACCCGUUCCUCCGACUCAAGGCAAUUACCAAACGAGCCGAAGACUGGACUUGGGAGCUGAUCCGUAUGGAAGACGAGAACACCGAUUACGCAGGUCUGGGACCUGUUAACAACCCUAUGAACAUGGUUGCAUGCUAUAUUCAUGAUGGUCCCGACAGCUAUUCUGUGCGUCGGCACCGUGAGCGACUCAAUGACUACAUGUGGCUCAAGGGUGAGGGUAUGUUGGCAAAUGGUACCAACGGCGUCCAGGUGUGGGACACAACAUUUGUCACCCAGGCGGUUGUGGUCGCUGGACUUGCUGAUGACCCGAAAUGGCGGCCCAUGUUGACAAAGGCCCUGGAGUUCAUUGAGGACCAUCAGCUGCGUGAGAACGUGCCAGAUCAAGAAAAAUGCUAUCGUCAGCACCGCAAAGGUGCUUGGCCUUUCAGUACCAAGACACAGGGAUACACAGUCAGUGAUUGUACUGCUGAGGGUCUUCGAUCCACUAUCCAGCUGCAGGAAAUGCACAACUUCCCUAAGCUUAUCUCUCUAGACCGUCUUAAGGACAGCGUUGACUGUCUGUUGUUGAUGCAGAACCCCACUGGUGGCUUCACUGAGUACGAGACUACCCGUGCAUCCCCAAAGGUUGAAUGGCUGAACGCUGCCGAAGUUUUCGGUGGAAUCAUGAUCGGAUACGACUACCCAGAGUGCACAACAGCUUCGGUGACAGCGUUGUCUCUUUUCAGCAAGUUUUACCCCGACUACCGUGCGGCUGAGAUCAAGGCCGCCAAGGACAAGGCCGUUGUCUACAUCAAACGUGUUCAGCGGGCUGAUGGAAGUUGGUACGGAUCUUGGGGUAUUUGCUUCACCUAUGCCGCGAUGUUUGCGCUCGAGAGUCUGUCCAGUAUUGGCGAGACUUAUGAGACCAGCGAGAACUCUCGCCGUGGCUGUGACUUCCUCCUAUCCAAACAGAAGGAAGACGGCGGCUGGGGUGAAUCUUAUCUUAGCAGCGAAAAGCAUGUAUACGUCCAACAUGAGAAAUCCCAAGUGUGCCAAACCGCUUGGGCCUGUCUAGCUUUGCUGGAAGCUCAAUAUCCCCACAAGGAGCCCCUUGAGAAGGCCAUGAAGCUGCUGAUGUCGCGGCAGCAAGCCAAUGGCGAGUGGUUGCAGGAAGCCAUUGAGGGCGUCUUCAACCAGUCAUGCAUGAUCUCCUACCCCAACUACAAGUUCUAUUGGCCAAUCCGGGCUCUUGGCCUUUACGCUAAGAAAUUUGGUAAUGAACAGCUCCUGUGA